UGAUUGGCCUUAAUUGACUGACACAACAGUGUCCUGCGCACCCUCUCUUUACUCUUUUAAUCAAUUGCUGUCAGUGGCCUUACGAUUUACCGACCAAUUUAUCAUUAUUCUAAGCCUUAUCACCUUACUAUGUUUACUGGACGGAGGGGAACUGCUGAACUUUUUAUUUUUAUGAAGUGAAACCAAUCCGAAUGUCUCCAAUGCUCUCUUAGUUAUAUGUGUCUUAAUAUCCUCUUCUAUUUUCAGCACGUCUUUGUAAUUUGGCUCUCCUCAUAUGGAUGAAAGUUUGAAGAGAGCUGCACGAGAAGGAAAUAUUGUUGAAUUAUAUGCAUCAAUCCAAAGAGAUGGAAAUGUUUUGAGGCAGAUUGAUGAGAUGGAGUUCGUUGACACUCCAUUACACAUGGCCGCAGCAGAAGGGUGCUUUGAUUUUGCUAUGGAGGUAAUGAUCUUAAAACCGUCGUUCGCUAGGAAGCUAAACCAAGAAGGCUUAAGCCCCAUUCACCUUGCAGUGGAAAAGGGGCAUAAAGAGCUGGCGCUACAUCUCAUGCAAAAUGAUAAAAAUCUUGUCCGUGUCAAAGGAAGGCUGGGUGAGACUCCUUUGCACUACGCAGUAACUGGAGCAGAAAACCUCGAUCUCUUGGCCAGAUUUCUAGAGGCUUGCCCUGAAUGCAUCCCAGAUAUGGCAACUACAAACCAGACUGCUUUGCACAUUGCAACGAGAAACGAUAACUUAGAAGCUCUUGAACUCCUAUGUCGGAUGCUUAGGAAGAGUGACUAUUGUGAGGAUGUGGUGAACCAGAAAGACAGGAAUGGCGACACUGCCUUGCACAUAGCUGCGCGCAAUAAUCAACCCAAGAUGCUCAAACUGCUAUUAAAAUGCAAGGCUGAUAAGCUUGCGACCAAUCAGGCUGGUAGGACGGCACUGGCAAUUGCCUGCGAACUUAAUAACAGAGAGAGCAUUAAGAUUCUGCGUGGUUGGCGAAGUGCAAAAGUUUUAAGCUAUCAAUAUAAGAUUCGGAAACAAAUGUUUAAGACUGUGACAAAGGCAUCAGAAGUAAUUUUUCAAGGUAUGGAUAGUAUAUCAAGCGAGGAUCGCAAUGCCUUACUAGUAGUUUUAGGUUUGCUUCUAACAGCUACCUACCAAGCUAGUAUUAGCCCGCCGGGUAGUGUUAGGCAAGGUGAUGGCUCCUCAAACUCCGAUUCCACUGUGGGCAAAUCAGUCAUGGAUCAAGUUAAUUUUCUUCUUUUCUAUAUUCCAGCCUGUACUGUCUUCCUAGUAGCGUUUUUCCUAACAUUGGGCCUCCUUAGACCUUACCCCCAUCGUUUCAAGACUGCUCUUCAAGUACUACUUGCAUUUCUUGCUAUAUCUUUCAACGAAGCAAUAACUUUCAUAGCACCAACUGAUUUCGCGACGGAUGUUAUCAAUUUGUUUUCAGUGUUGGUUUUUGUUUUAAUGAUGGUCAUGUGUGUUGCUUAUCGGGUAUCAAAAGUUAGCGUUUUAUUUCUAGGAUGCUGGUUAGUGCCUGAUCUGUAUGGCCCAUUGCAGAUAGGAGCCUAUUUAAUUAUAGGGUGUUGGUUAUUUUUUAGUCUAUAUGAUCCAUUUUGGAUAGGAUCCAUUGGAAUUGUAGUAUGCAUUUUAGUACUAUAUGAGUUUAUUCACAGCUGGAUUGUAAUUGCCAUAGUUUCAGUACCCAUGGUAUUGCUUGCUUUGUUUCUAUUGUGGUUAGAAGUAGUGCAAUGAGAACGUUGGCUGACAUCGCACCCCUCAAGGCAUACGGACACCUAAUGCUGAAUGAGGAUCUAAACGAUGGCUGCUCCGGCAUCUAGAUAUUUUUUAUUUCCGGUUUUGUAUCUUUUUUGUUGUAUCAUAAUGUACCACCCAUAAAUUCAAUUCCUCCUGUAUAAAAUCAUCUCCACUUUUUAGUGUA